UGAGGUUUUCGUAGUAGGGGGGGAGCUUCGACUUCAAGGCUUCAAGCAUGUCAACACUGUCGAUUUCCACUUCAGUUGAUGACAAUAUGAAAGGAGUUCUCACUCAUGGAGGUCGCUACGUUCAGUAUAAUGUUUAUGGGAUUAUGUUCGAGGUUCCUACUAAGUACGUCCCGCCGAUACGACCUGUCGGCAGAGGUGCUUAUGGCAUUGUGUGUGCUGCUGUGAAUUCAGAGACACAUGAAGAGGUUGCAAUUAAGAAGAUUGGUAAUGCCUUUGACAACAGAAUUGAUGCCAAAAGGACAUUAAGAGAAAUUAAGCUUCUCUCCCACAUGGAUCAUGAAAAUGUUAUUGCCAUCAAAGACAUUAUACGACCUCCAAAAAGAGAGGACUUCAAUGAUGUUUACAUUGUUUAUGAAUUAAUGGACGCUGAUCUUCAUCAGAUAAUUCGUUCCAAACAACCAUUGACAGAUGACCAUUGUCAGUAUUUCCUGUAUCAGUUAUUACGAGGACUGAAGUAUGUACACUCAGCUAAUGUAUUGCACCGUGAUCUGAAGCCCAGCAAUUUGCUCUUAAAUGCGAAUUGUGACCUUAAGAUUGGUGACUUUGGAUUGGCGAGGACAACUUCUGAAACAGAUUUCAUGACUGAGUAUGUUGUUACUCGAUGGUACCGGGCACCAGAAUUGCUCCUAAAUUGCUCGGAGUAUACUGCUGCUAUUGAUAUUUGGUCAGUGGGUUGUAUUCUAGGUGAAAUCAUGACCCGUGAACCCCUCUUUCCAGGCAAAGAUUAUGUUCAUCAGUUGAGACUUGUCACAGAGCUACUAGGUUCACCUGAUGACUCCAGCCUUGGGUUCCUCCGAAGUGACAAUGCCAGGAGAUAUGUUAGGCAGCUUCCACAGUACCCGAAACAACAGUUCUCUGCUAGAUUCACCAAUAUGUCUCCUGAGGCUGUUGAUUUACUAGAGAAAAUGCUGGUGUUCGAUCCAAACAAACGCAUUGCAGUUGACGAGGCAUUGCGCCACCCAUACCUGUCGUCUUUUCAUGAUACAAAUAAUGAGCCAGUCUGUCCUAGGCCUUUCAGUGUUGAUUUUGAGCAACCAUCAUACACUGAGGAAAAUAUCAAGGAGCUCAUCUGGAGGGAGUCUCUGAAGUUCAAUCCUGACCCAAUUAAUUAGGGAAUAGUUAAUGGUAUUUGUACAAUAAAAAAGAUCUUGGAAAACCAGAUUCCUGAAACUCUAUAUCUGAAUCUGCCCAUCAAUAAUCCUUAGGGAAAGAUAGAAACUGCACUAGAGAUGCUUGAAGUCACUAAACAAGAUGUCAUUGUAGCACAUUCAACAUCUAUUGAAGCCUGUAAUAUACAACUCACAGCAGGAAGUUGGAGCAAACCUUUUCGCAGGAUCAGGGUUUGUCAGAUUAUCACACCUUACAUACAUGUUGGUGAUGGGCCUUCUUGAGCUC